UCUGACUUACGCAUGGUCCACGUAUCUGAACAGGAAACAAGAAAUAUGUCCAAACAACUGCACUUGACAAGGGAGACUUAUUUCAGGUGAUAUCUUUAUUUUUUUGUUGGCAGUCGUUGACACACACUCUAUCUGUACUAUAUUCUUCGGACGUCAUCUUUCCCGCGAAGACAAUUCCUGGAGAAGAGGUUCAAGCAGGGGGUCACGAUGGCACAGAAGGUCCUGGUGACUGGGGGAGGAGGCUAUAUCGGCAGCCACUGUGUGGUGGAACUGAUUGAGGCGGGAUUCUGCCCUGUGGUCAUAGAUAACUUCAGCAAUGCCGUCCAAGGAGGAGAAAGGGAUGUCCCUGAGAGCCUGCAGAGGAUAGAGAAAAUCCUGGACACCAGCAUUGAGUUCUAUGAGCUGGACCUGCUGGACCGCCCAGGCCUGGAGGAGCUCUUCAAACAGCAUUCAUUCAGUGCUGUAAUGCACUUUGCUGGUCUAAAAGCGGUGGGUGAGUCCGUUGAGCAGCCAUUGAGGUACUAUCAGGUCAACCUCACUGCAACCAUGAACUUGCUUGAGGUGAUGCAGACUCAUGGCGUGCGCAAUCUGGUCUUCAGCAGCUCAGCCACGGUGUAUGGAGACCCCCAGCGGCUUCCCAUAGACGAACAGCACCCUGUUGGUGGGUGCACCAACCCCUACGGCAAGACCAAGUUCUUCAUAGAGGAGAUGAUUAUUGACCAGUGUAAGGCAGAGAAGGACUGGAACGCGGUGCUGCUGCGCUAUUUUAACCCGAUCGGGGCUCACUCCUCUGGGCUCAUCGGAGAAGACCCUCAGGGCAUCCCCAACAACCUGCUGCCCUAUGUCGCCCAGGUGGCCAUUGGGAGAAGAAAACACCUCAAUGUGUUUGGGAAUGACUACGAUACUAUUGAUGGAACAGGAGUGCGAGAUUACAUCCACGUUGUGGAUUUGGCCAAAGGACACAUAGCUGCCCUCAAGAAACUGAAGGACAAUUGUGGAUGCAAGGUGUAUAAUUUAGGAACAGGAACUGGUUACUCUGUGCUCCAGAUGGUGAAGGCUAUGGAGAAGGCCUCAGGGAAGGAAAUCAUGUACCUGAUCGCCCCUCGGCGAGGAGGAGAUGUAGCAUCCUGCUAUGCUGACCCCCUUCUGGCUGAGAAAGAGCUGGGCUGGAAAGCUGACUUCGACCUGGAGAGAAUGUGUGAGGACCUGUGGCGCUGGCAGUCCAAAAACCCAACCGGAUUCACUAAUAACAGCCCGUCUUCAAUAUGAUGUCACUCAAUGCUCAUCUUCUUCACGUACUCCUAUGUUACUGGGCCAAAGCAAAUCAUAAAGUUCUUCAUUUUUCUUUCGCGUUCACACAUGAAGAGACCUCAAGGCAAAAUGAAUGAUUUAUAUUUCAUAAUGACUUAAUAUUAUGUUGUUGAUUCCAUACAGGUACUUCUCCAAUGCUUAGGUGAAAAAUACCAUGUCUUAUCUCUGUCUUGUCAUUUGUAUGUAUUGUCAUAGACAUUUUCUCCAAUGAUAUAAUAGCUGAGUCAAUAGCCAUAAAAAUGGGGAAAUAAAUACAUUUUCUAAACAAAGAAAAUAUAUUGUGUCAUUGUGAAAUCAUUUUUUCAUUUUUUAACCACAAUAUGUAGAUUAAACUGAAAUUGCAGCCAACUUUCUUAGGCGUGUUUAAAAAAUAACGAUAUUUUGGAUAUUAUUUCCUUUUCAAACAACCGAAAGUGAGCAGCUUAUUUUCCACCAUAAUUUGCAAAUAAAUUCAUUGUAUGAUUUUUAAUGUGAUUUUCUGGAUUUUUUUUCUCAUUUUGACUGUCAUAUUUGAAGUGUAACUAUGAUGAAAAUUACAGGCCUCUCUGACCUUUUUAAGUGGGAGAACUUGCACAAUUGGUGGCUAACUAAAUACUUUUUUGCCCCACUGUAAUUGAUCAAUUAAAUUGUAAAUGUGGAUGGGUACGCUACUUCAUUCAAUGAGUACAGCAUUGUACAAGGUAGAUACAGGAGUAGCCUAUAGUCUACAUAAUAAAGUCAUUGAAUGUA